AUGAUAAAACCUUAGGACGUCAAAGAGGAAGAAAAACGAAUGAUAACACCAAAUGAGUUACCUGGCAUUAUAAAAGUGGAAAAAUAAGGUAAUUCUACCAUCCCAGAUUCGUAGUAUUAGAGAACCUUAGAAAAGUUUUAUUUUGCUUUGCUAAGACUAUAAGAAGCUUAAUAUUUAGACUAAAACGAAAUGACUCCAAAAUAUCCCUUUGUUUUUCAGUACUAAUUCAAUUAGAUUAUGGUUCAUCUAGGAGGUCAUUAAGUUUAAUAAAAAUUGAUAGAAGAUUUGAAAAAAUAUGACUAUUAACAACAAUUUUACUAGAAGACCAAGUCUGUGCCUCAACUAAAACUCUCUGUUUAAAAGAGAAAGGGUUUUUCUACUUUAGAAUAAAAGGACUCUAAAAAUAUCCCUAAGAAUUAUUGUAAGGCAAUAAUCAGUUAUGCACAAAAAAAUCAAACUCUCUGUCAAGAAAUACUGAGAGAAGAAUUAAAAGUAGCUAAAUUUAUAGAAUACUUAACAAGCCAAAAGAAAAAGCCACUAAAUAUAAGAGUAUUCAAAGCUUUGUUAUAAUAAUGCGAUGAUCCACUUUAAGAUGAAUUCAAUCGAACUUUUAGGAUAAUAAGUUAAAUCUUUAUUAAAAAAUAUGCCAUAAAUUAUAUUUAUAAUUCAAAAAUUGUACAGCAUAAUUGGCAUAUUAGAUAUAGAUAAUAAAUAUUUAAGGGAAUAAGAAACCCAAAAAGAUUUUCCCAUAUAAAGAAACUUUGAAAUAUUAUAAUGUAACUAAGUUUGAAUGAUCUUUUUUGUAAAUAAUCAAAUCCACAAAUCAAUUCUAUAAAAUAUAAAUAUUAUGGAUUAAGCAGUGAAUGCUGUCUGUCUUAUCUUCAUAGAAAUUGAAAUGGAUCUGAAUAAAUAUGUUUCUGAAGGAAUAAUUCAAUUUAAAAAAGAAGAAAGUAAGAACUAA